AUGGGGGACGAGGGGGUUGCAGAUUUGCUGAAAAGGUUAAACCUGACAAGGGAUGAGGGGGAGGUCGCUGCGAUCAGCGACGACGAAGAAGAAGAUGUGGAGGGGAAGGUGGAGUGUAUGCUGUUGGGGAAGAUCCUCACCCCAUCAACACUCCAUAUUUCCACGAUCAGAAGCGCGAUGAAAUCGGCUUGGGGCAAUCCUUUUGGCUUCAAGAUGCGAUCGGUGGGAGAGAAGACUGAGAACCUGUUCAUUGCUGAGUUUGGGGCGAUGGCGGAUAGACAGCGAGCCCUUGCUGGAUCACCAUGGAUGGUGGGGCGUCAUGCGGUAAUUCUGCAGGCUUACGAUGAGUCGCUUAAGCCCUCUGAUGUUAGUUUCGACAAGAUGGAGAUUUGGGUGCGGAUCCUUAAUUUGCCGUUUGGUUGGAUGAAUGCACGACGGGGUGCGAGGGCGGCUGGGCUCAUUGGUAAGGUGGUCAAGCUGGAUGUUUAUGGGGAUGGUGAAGCUAGUGGACCUUUUCUCCGAGCUAGGGUGAAAAUUGAGGCUGAUAAGCCCUUGCGUCGAGGGGUGAUGCUGAAAACAGAUCGUAAGGCUAACCCAGAUUGGUUUGAUAUUCAGUUUGAAAAGCUUCCAUUCUUUUGCUUUUCGUGUGGUGUCAUGGGACAUCUGACCCUAGAAUGUCCUAAUCCUGCACCCCGGAACGCGUUGGGGAAGCUCCCGUAUGAAGUGAAAUUAAGGGCACCUGAAGAGAAGAGGAGAAAGCCUCUUAGCUUCGGGCAGGCAGCGGCUGAAUCAUAUGGAAGCUCGUCGGCGCGGACUCCUCCAUCAGGAUCUCGCCAGAGUCCUGAUGACCGCACUGACGAUAAAAGAAAUGCAAGGGAUGUUGAGGAUGGCGAGGAGAUGAUUUCUCCAGUGAAGACUAGUGGUUCAGAUCCCUCUAAGAGGAAUGCCACUCCUAAGGAACUAGUGGUGAAUGAUGAAGAAAUGAUGGAAAAGUCCGGGGCUAGGAAGAGGAAGUCGAAGGGGAGCAGCAGUAGCAACCCUGACACCAAUCUCCCGGCUUUGGGGACGGGCGUGGUACCGGCGGGAAUGGUUUCUGAACGGAUCAAUCAGCUUGGCAGUGCCUCGAGCCAAGGUGAGAAGACAACUGAGGCUCCAAAGAAGCAGAAAACUGCUUACAACAAAAAUGCGCGAUCGGCGGCGGCUGCGGGAGGCAGUCCCCGCCGGGCACAAUGA